CAGUUUCAUUUUGUGUCUAGCCUGGAAAUCAAACCCAAGACAACCCACGCUCCAAAGAUUUACACAAAAACAGGAGACAAAGGGUUUUCCAGCACAUACACUGGGGAGAGGCGAUCUAAAGAUGAUCAGGUCUUUGAAGCUUUGGGAACAACAGAUGAAUUGAGUUCUGCUGUUGGGGUUGCUAGUGAAUUAAGCCAGGAAAGUGGCCACACGUUUGUCGAACAACUUCACAAAAUCCAGUGUAUGCUGCAAGAUGUUGGCUCCAACAUUGCAACUCCUCUCUCCUCAGCCAGGGAGGCUCACUUAAAACGAACAUCCUUUAGUGAAAAGCCAGUGCUGGAGCUGGAGCAGUGGAUUGAUAAAUACUCAGACCAACUUCCACCUCUCACUGCUUUCAUUUUGCCUUCUGGAGGUAAAAGUAGUGCUGCUCUUCAUUUCUCCAGAGCAGUCUGCCGAAGAGCAGAGAGGUGUGUUGUUCCUUUAGUACAAGCAGGAGAGGCAGAUGCAAAUGUGGCCAAAUACUUGAACAGACUUAGUGAUUUUCUCUUCAUUUUGGCACGUUAUGCUGCAAUGAAGGAAGGGAAGGAAGAGAAAAUAUAUACAAAAAGUGAAGCAUAAAUUGGAGAUGAGACUGUACUUUCUAGAUCAUGAAAAGCUAAAUCCGGCCAAGUUUUUCCUUCUGCAGGCAAGGCGGAGAGGAGAGAAUGAGCAUGAAUUGAAAGUGUGAAUUGCCACCAAUUCCUCACAAUAAAAUCAUUCAGGAACUUGUUUAUAACACUGUAGAAAACAUGCAGCCCUUCUGUAAAACUAACCACCUCUGAGCUAGCGUCCAGAUCAAAGUGUCAGAUUCUGAAUUGUUUUCGAAACUGCUUCACAUUGUGUUUGACUCAGGCUGGGGUGUGAGCUAGGAGGCUUCAAAAGCUUCAGAAAAACAAUACCAUCUUCACAAAUACAGUUUAAUGCUCAGAGCAGUGGCAGCUGUGAUUGAAAGAUCUCUGAUGAAAGGAAGAGAGAAAAAGCAUUUAGCUGCUGCACAGAUUCAGGAGCCCAGUCCAGAAGCUCUGAAAAAUAAAUGUGAUUUACUUACACCAAA